AUGGUUUCCCUCUUCAAUUCUACAGCAAAACGAACAAUGUCUACAAUUCUUGGGAGAAAGUCCAUGAUAGCCGUAUGUCAAAUGACUUCUGACAAUAACUUGGAAGACAACUUCAAAACUUGUCGAUCCAUGAUUUUGCGAGCGAAAGAACAAAACUGCAAAAUGAUUUUCUUUCCUGAAUGUUUUGAUUUCAUCGGGAGAACAAAAGAGGAACAAAUCAGCCUGUCGAUGUCGGAUGAAUCUCCUUUCAUACAGAAGUUUAGAAACGAAGCAAUUGAAAACAACAUUUGGCUCUCUUUGGGCGGCUUACACCACAAGGAGGACGAAUCAAUGCCUUGGAAUACUCAUUUGAUCAUCGAUAACGAGGGAAAAACAAGGGUCAAAUAUCACAAAUUACACCUUUUCGAUUUGGAGAUCCCUGGAAAAGUGAAACUUCUUGAAAGUGAGUUCAGUAAAGCAGGUGUCAAGAUGGUGCCUCCGGUGGAAACACCAAUUGGGAAUUUGGGGUUAUCAAUCUGUUACGAUCUUCGCUUUGCCGAGUUGGGUAUUUGGAAUCGUAAGAAAGGUGCUCAAAUACUUUCAUACCCUUCUGCUUUCACGCUCAAUACGGGUUUGGCUCAUUGGGAAGCACUUUUAAGAGCUAGAGCUAUUGAAACCCAAUGUUAUGUUGUGGCUGCCGCUCAAACAGGAAAACACAAUGAUAAAAGAAUGUCUUACGGCCAUGCUAUGGUUGUAGAUCCGUGGGGUGCUGUUGUUGCCCAAUGCUCUGAACGAAUUGGAAUGUGUUUUGCUGAAGUCGAUUUGGAAUACGUCGACGAAUUACGCAAAAUGCAGCCAGUGUUUGACCACAGAAGGAAAGACCUCUACACUCUUCAUGUAAAUGAGAUAGACGAAGAAAGUUCAACUUUGAUGUUUUCAACUUUCCCUAUAGCCCCAGAGUGCAUUUUCUUCAGAUCUGCCCACAGCUUCGCAUUUGUAAAUUUGAAACCGAUAGUUGAAGGACAUAUUUUGGUUUCUCCUAAAAAGGCCCACAAGAACCUGACUGAUCUGAGUGAUGAAGAGACAGCAGAUCUUUAUAUAACAGCGAAAAAAGUUCAAAAAAUGCUUCAAAAGGUGUAUGGGAAUGAUUCAACCACUGUUUGCGUUCAAGACGGUACUGAAGCUGGACAAACAGUACAGCACGUGCAUGUUCAUGUUGUCCCUCGCCGCAAAGGAGACUUUGAACCUUCACAGAAUGAUUUUUAUGAGAAACUGCUAAGUCAUGACAAGGAACCGGAAAGAGCUGCGCGCAGUUUGGAGGAAAUGAGUGUGGAAGCCAAUACAUUCCGUCUCAAAAUGAAAGAAGUUUUGUAA